CGGCGCCUGUAGAAUUUUACUGAGUGAUUUCGUUGCACUUUUCGGUCUUUUCCUGGAUCAAAAAGAUCAGUUUUCUGACUCUUUUACUUUUCCAGAAAUUAGAUCAGUGUAUGCGACAACAGUCUCUGCUUCCGUUUUCAGUGCUUUGAAAUUGAAUCUUUUGCAAAUUGAGCGAUUGCUGCUUGCUGGCAAUCUGGCGGACAAAAUGGGUUGAUGCGAUGAAAUAUUCCUGGUUAUUUUCGGUGUGGCUGCAUCUUGAUUCGGGCUGGUGAUGGAUGGAUGAUGAUUGUUGGCCCAUGCAAACAUGACCAUUUCCUAUCAGUUCAAUGUGGCCACGGCGUCCUUCGCGGGCUUUCCGCGACUACUGUGCCGGUGGAAGGGCAGCGUGUACAAACUGGUCUUCAAGGAGGUCCUCGUCUUUGUCUCCCUGUACGCGGCCAUCAGCGCCAUUUAUCGCUGCGCGCUGGAUGAAGAACGAAAGCGAAUGUUUGAGAAGCUGUGCUUGCACAUGCAAGUGAGCGUGGAUUUCAUCCCCUUGACAUUUGUGCUGGGCUUCUACGUCAGCUUUGUUGUCGGGCGCUGGUGGGACCAGUUUAGCAGCUAUCCCUGGCCAGACAGAUUGUGUUACCUGAUAAUUCUCUACAUCAACGGAUCAGACGAGAAGUCGCGGAUGAUCCGACGGACUUUGGUGCGCUAUUUAAAUGCCAGCACUGUUCUGUUAACUCGCAGUGUGAGCAUUGUGGCAAAAAAGCGGUUUCCAACAUUUCAACACUUAGUGGAAGCCGGUCUCCUUACACCGGAUGAAUUCAAGGCUUUUGAAGGCGUGGAAGUACAAUAUGCAAAAUUUUGGGUGCCGCUGGUGUGGUUCACGCAGCUUGUGGAUAAAACCCGCAAAGAUGGAUUGUUUAACGAUCCUUCCGGUGGAAUGAAACAGGUUAUGGAUGAGCUGAUGGCUUAUCGGGAUCGACAGGGAAAAAUCUGGGCCUUUGAUUAUGUCAGCAUUCCGAUUGUUUACACACAGGUUGUGACGCUGGCGACGUACAUGUACUUUGUGGGAUGUCUAUUUAGUCGGCAGUUUCUGGAGCCAUCACUCAACUACGAGAAUUACUAUGUGGAUAUCUAUGUGCCGGUUUUUACCCUUCUCCAGUUCUUUUUCUAUGUGGGAUGGCUGAAAGUGGCCGAAUCGUUAAUUAAUCCCUGGGGUGAAGACGAUGACGAUUUCGAGGUUAACUGGUUUAUCGACCGCCAUAUGCAAGUCAGUUAUGCCAUGGUGGAUGACAUGUACGACAAGUUACCUCCGAUGGAAAAAGACAAAUACUGGAAUGAACGGGAUGUGGUGCUCCCGUACACUCUCGCCGCCAUGGAGACGAAGAAAAAAUUGGAUUUCUCCCAUCUCGGCUCCACGAUGAACUUGAAUUUGUGCUGUGAUUGGUUGCCAGGGUGUCCCGUGGUGCCGGCUGAUGGGAAGAAGGAGGAACGCUUCCGGAAGAUCAGCUCCCCGGCGCGGAUGAAGUUUUUCCAGCCGGAUCGGGAGACCAUGGCCAAGUUUAAUCAACGGUUGCGAACAAUCAGUGAUAACAGUAAUCUGGAAGAAAUGGAAGCCGAGAAACCCACGGAAGACGUAACCGCCAUGGACCGCCCGAACAGUGCCCAGAAAACUGACUCCUCCGAACCACUGCUCAGCCCGGAUAGCGCCGCCCGGUUGGCUUGA